AUCAUUGUCGAGGCAAUGCCAUCAGAGAUACAUGUUGGAAGUCCAUUUUUAUCUUCUGUUGAACAGGACCACAUCCAGGAGAUCUUUGCCACCUACGGCAAGAUCAAGAUGAUUGACAUGCCAGUAGAGAGGCUCCACCCAAACCUGUCCCGGGGCUACGCCUAUGUGGAGUUCGAGACUCCAGAGGAGGCCCAGAAGGCCCUGAAACACAUGGAUGGUGGUCAGAUUGAUGGUCAGGAGAUCACCACCUCUGCCGUGUUGGCUCCAAGGAUACGCCCUCCCCCUCGUAGACAGUCACCCCCACGCAGAAUGCCCCCACCUCCCCCCAUGUGGCGCCGCACCCCACCUCGCAUGAGGAGAAGGUCUCGGUCACCAAGGAGACGGUCCCCGGUGCGCCGACGCUCCAGGUCCCCGGGGCGCAGACGUCAUCGUUCCCGCUCCAGUUCCAACUCCUCACGGUAGAGGAACAACGCUAUCCCCCUGCCCGCCCACCCCAACAACCCAGGGUGAAUGUAUUUUCCAUGAUUUCUUGCAUCCUGUCUCCUCCUUUUAAAUGCAUUGGAGGACAAAAUCGGAAUGUUCCCUCUCCUCCAAUGAGCUUUGAGGUGGCGAGAAGAGAGGAUGAAAGGAAUCAAGGAAAUACAAUUGAACUUGUACCUAAAAAGAAUUUGUCUGAAGUGAACAGUCUAGUUGUUUUGUUUGUCUCAUUACGUUUUCCAGUUUUCAUUUGAAGGUUCCCAAACAUUCGUUCAGAUGACUUGUUGAUCGUCAUGUCCUUUGUUAUCCAAUCAGAGCUCAGGCUUUGUUUUAGUACUAAUGAUUUGCUCAAGAUGUGUCGCCUGUCUUUUUACCACCGUGUACUGAUUUUGUACAUGCUUUGAAAAUAAAAAGGAAGAAACUUCAA